AUGAGACCUCGGUUCAACGGCGGCGCCCAAGCUCUCCAGGAGAGUUACUGCCUUGGCGUCAGGCGGCAGCCGGCCGUAAAACCUAAAGCCAAAACUAUCUUCUCCUCACAAAAAUUAAAGUACAACAAAUGGAAAUGGGAGACAAAGUGGAAAGGCUCGAAGUCCAAAGAUAUUGGAAACGACUAUCAGGUUAUAUAUCACGGAGUGGACAAUAAAAGAAACGGAGUGGUCGUGGUGCUGGAUCACAACUUUAAGUCACGAAUAGUAAAUAUCACACGAAAGAGCGACCGCCUAAUAGCCGUAAAGCUGGCAUUAAAUCAUCAGCAAGUGACCAACAUAAUAUCAGCAUACGCACCACAAAUUGGCUGCACAGAAACGGAAAAGUUGGAGUUCUGGGAGGAUUUCGAUGAGCUACUACAAGGCAUACCAUCAAAUGAAUAUAAGAUAUUUGGCGGCGAUCUCAACGGACAUGUGGGCGCAACAAAUGAAACCUAUAUCAACGUGCACGGAGGUUUUGGGAUGGGUAAAUUGAAUAAGCAAGGGGAAGCAAUCUUGGAUUUUGCGGCGAGACAUUCACUAACCUUAGUUAACACAAACUUCAAAAAGAGAUCUGAGCACCUGACCACCUACAAAUGUGCGGGAAAAACAUCACAAAUAGAUUACCGUCUCUAUUAA